GGUAAAGGAAAACUGCAGCGAGACUCUGGGAGAGAACAGCAGAGGACUACUAUUCCCAGAGAGCAUUGCGCGCCCCACCGGGGCCUGACAGAAAGGCUCUGCGGUCCAUCUGAUUGGCCGCCCGCGGUUGCCUGGGUGCCGUCGCCAGGCAACCACCCUCCGCCUCCCCUCCGAGGCGCAGCAUCAGCACCAGAGCCGGGGAGACUGCGGCCACACUGGAGCCGCCUGCAGUCCCACCCGGGGACGUGUCCGAGGCGCUGUUGUCGCGAACACCUUGUCCUCACCCCCAGGCCGGGACAGCUCCCACACACACACACAUACCCGCAGAGAGCCCCGGGCAGACGGGCGCCGAGCGGGGGUUCGAGGCGCGGUGCGGGGGGAGGUGGGGCGGAGAGAGACGCAGCAGAGGGAGGGCCGAGCAGGAGAAGGGAUAGGAGGCAGUGCGUGUGGAGAGGGGAGGCUGGGGCGCCGGUGACGUGGCGGCGCAGUGAGGUGAAGGUCCGGAGACCUGACGGUGCAGCGCGAGCAGGACCGGAGAUCCGCGUGACUAGCGAAGGGGUGGGUGAGGGGGGGGGUGCACAUCUCCACGCCGCGUCCCACUAAAACAACACCCGCGCACGGAGACGCCGCGCCGCCAGGGCGCUGCGAUACAAAUAAAGGGGGACCGGCGGCGAACAGCCCGUGUCGCUCGGGUCCGGAUUAUUGUGCUGCCGCUGCGCUCGUCCUGCGGAUUCGCCUGCGUCUGCAGCUCCUGACGCGGACCUGACAGGAGCCGGCUCUGUGUAUCACACCCGGUCCGGAGAGGCACCCCUGCCCCGCGGUGGGGUGAGCAGUACCGGCCCGGGUCUCGGCGGGCCGUGCAGGGCUGAGCGGGACCGGGACAGUUAGGGGGGGAGGAGGAGGAGGGGGAGGAAGGGCGGGGGUAUCUGCUGCAUGCGGCUCUCCGAGAGCGAGAGCGGGCUGCUGGCGCGUGAGUGCAGGGGCUGCGCCGGUCGCUCCCCCACGCGAUGAGCUCUCGGGGUGCUCCGAUUCCCGUCUCGAGCCCCGGCCUGCGUGCGCGCGCACACACACACACACACACCCACAUCCACCCCGGCCGCGGGGCUCUUCCGUGUCACACGCGCCGUGGGUGUAGAGGGACAGGGGUCUGUUUUAAAGAACGUCGGGGGGCGAGAGGUUCGCCUCGCUCUCAGUGAGUACCGCGGCUCGGUUCGGCCCAGAUCCACACGGACAGAACCGCUUCCUCGCCUCAGGGACUCGGGCCACUGCUGACACGGGGGUUCACCCGCUCCCCAAACACUUCCUCCUGUUAAACUGGCGCUGAACCAGCCCGCAGGCCGGGUCUCUAUAAAUACAGCUGGGGUGCAGAGACACAGCCGGGAGAACGCGGGACGGGUCAAGGGGACAGGGGCCGUCCACAGCUUCCCAGGGGACAGGCGCAGGGCAAGAACACGCCGCCCCAGGCACACUGCCCAGCCCCAGAGACACCUCGCACCCGGGCCCCCGCCGCAGAAGUCACACACUCCUGUGCUGUACGCUACAAGUCAACCGGGCCAGCAGCAUCGCUGCCCACGGGCUCAGCGGCGGUGACGUCGGACCGGCUGUAGUGAAGCUACCAGCACCAGCAACAUUUCUGCAGCGGCAUGAGGGGGUGUAGCACUGCUAGCCGUAGGUUUACCAUGGUAAACCGUAUCAGCCUACGGAUCAUCAGUACAAACCGUGGGAUUAACACUGUUUAAAUCCCGAACGCUGGGAUCAACACCACUAACAUCACUAACGGCGAGGUUAGCACCAGUAACAUCAUUACCAGAGGGAUUGACACCAGUGACGCUACCAACACUGGGAUCAGUACCAGUAACAUUUCUAACAGCGGGAUUACCACCAGUAACAUUCUUACCAGUGGGAUUGACACUGGCAACAUAACCAAGACUGGGAUCAGUACCAGUAACUUUACUGUGGGAUUAAUAGGGGUAACGUUACUAGCAGUGGCAUCAAUCACAGUCACAGAUGCGCAGAUUUUAACUCCUGCUCCCUACGGUCGACCUCCGGUCCCCAGCCCCUGGCCCGGACCUGACAGGAGCCGGCUCUGUGUAUCACACCCGGAUACUACGGAGAGUGCUGUCAUACCGGACUGAUCCCAACGGGUUCUGACACGGACACUCGGCACAUUCUGGGCUCAGCCUCUCUGUGCUGAGAUUGGCCUGCAGGAGGGUGGGCCUGGUUCUAGAGUGUCUGGGCCGUGGAGGUGAAGUGGGGGCCCAGAGACAGGUCACUGGACUCCGCUGAGAGGAUCUGGGUCGUGGGAGAGCUCCGGAGUUCUGGGCCCGGUUCCGCUUCAAAAGCUGUCUCCGGGCUUCUGCUGGCCGCACCUGGGCCGAGACUGGCAAGUUCUGAAAAGGCCCAAGCGUUGUUCUGUCGGAUCGCCGGCCGGGCUUUCCGGGAAAUCUCCCCCGCAUGAAACUCCGGGCUGCAUCGUUCUGAAAUUGCAACUGGGCCAGGUCCAGCCCGGAGCUGCUGGUACCAGAGGGGAAGACAGGAAGUUAAAAACUGGACAGCCCGCUCGCCCAGGCCCGGCUCUGCGGCCUGCUGUUGGAUCAGAACCAAAGCCCCGCGUGAGCGGAUCGGCUCGGCGCGAUCCCAGAGGUUCCGGGACCCCGGGGGGGACAGACUUCGCCUCCUCUUCCUCUUCCUCCUCCUCCUCCUCCCCCCCCCCCCCCCCGCGGGACAGGAUGCCCUCCCAGUCGGACUCCAGCCGCUCCCUCAGCCUGGGGGGGCGUGGCGGGCGGCUGUCCCGGCUGGGCGUGGCCUGGGAGCGCGCCCAGCUCCUGCUGGCCAGCGGCCUGGUCCAGAUGGGGCUGGGCGCCAUGCUGCUGGCCGUCAGCUUCGUCUCCGUGACCUUCACCACCUCGGCCCGGGUGCGCCACUCCUGCCCCUUCUGGGCCGGAUUCUUCGUGGUGGCGUCAGGGCUGGUGGGAGUGAUUUCCUGGAGAAGACCCCUGACGUUAGUGGUGUCACUCUUCAUGCUGUUGUCAGCAGUCUGUGUGAUCCUUAGCCUGGCUGGGUCUAUCCUGUCCUGCCAGAAUGCCCAGCUGGUGAAGUCACUGGAGGUGUGUCAGGUAAAGACACUGAGACGGAUCCAGAGUAUCUAUAAUAUCUAUGAUACACACUCUACGCAACACCCUGUCUACGAUCACCACAUCUUACAUGUGGACCUGCUGCAGCUGGUGAGUGUACCAGUCACCUCUCUCCUCUGUUUCCUCACCUUCUCCCUCCUCUGUUUCUGUCUCUCUCAGAUGGCUCCCCACCGUUCUCGAUCCGUCAACCCAGAGUGCACCACUCCGCAGGACGCCUUCCUCAGCAACAUGCUGGACUUCGAGGAGUUUGUGCCCCCCGUCCCUCCCCCACCAUACUACCCCCCAGAGUACACCUGCAGCUCCGAGACGGAUGCCCAGAGCAUCACCUACAACGGCUCGAUAGGGAGCCCCGUGCCCCUGUACCCCACCGACUUCCCUCCCCCGUACGAAGCGGUGAUGGGGCAGCGUGCUGGCAGCCAGGCCACAGUGUUCGAUGCUCACGUCAAUGAGCUGUCGUGUGACAGAGUCACGUCUACGGUCUUCAGCGGUGAAGUGUCCAUGGACAGUGGCUCUCUGCUGAUGUCCGAGAUAGUGGACAUCCCAGAUGACAGCUCCCCCUCCGAGGACUCCUGUCUCCUGGAAGUGGGGGCGGGGGGUUCCAUGCAAUCUGUGGAGUUUGCCACAUUCCGCCAUCACCCCCAGGGACCCCCCGAGUCUGGCCCAGACGCCCCAGCCGGCCCGCGGGCCCCCCCCGCCACCCCCACAGCCCUUGGCCACCGGCACUACUUCAGAGCGGAGCGGUCCAACUCCUGCUCCUCCCCCAGCAGCUCCACUGAUGCCCCCUACAGGUCUCCAGUGCUGCGCCAUCAGGCCGUGCUGGCCAGCAGUUGUACCCGCUUGGAGCUGCUAGGGGGCGCCGCUUCUCAGCGCAUACCAGAGAUCAGGGUGCGCCCCUGCACCCCCUCCCGCUGCGGCUCUGACGGGGGGUCUCCCAGCCCCCAGGGCUCCCCCCGCCCCCUCCUGCCCCCCCAGCGGCGCCAUAGCGACCAGUCCCGCCCCCCCACCCCUCCCCGAGGCCUGGCGCCACACCCCCUGAUGAGGUCGCACAGUGACCCCGGCUUGACGUCAUCCACAGACACAGGUGAGCUCAGUGCCUCGCUGCGCAGUAAGGGAGUCAGCGAUGACGUCUCCCAGACCUCCUCAGACACGGGUCCCUCCUCCGAAGCCUGUCUGUUGCCCCGCAACUCUCUGGCGCCCUCUGGUGCCCUACCCAGGAAGUGCAGCAUGAAGAGUGGCGGCCAGCUGCCCAGCAAGGCCCCACCCCCCGCCUUGCUGCGCCUGCCCAAGGACUGUGCCCGUUCGCUGGGCGACCUCAAGGUCACGCGGGUCCUCGUCGCCCGCUUCCUGCAGCGCUCCAAACGCAACCUGGCCCCCAGCACCACUGCUGCCGCUGAGCAUGCUGGGAACAGCCGCCAAGUGCACAAGAGAAGAGCGGAGUCCAGUGGGGGAAACCCCUUCGAACAGGUGAGGCUGCCACACCCUGCUGAGAGCUCCAGCAGGGGGCGCCGGCAGGAGAGCAUCCACCUGCGCAGCUGCGGCGACCUGAGCUCCUCCUCGCCCCUGCGCCGGCUGCUGUCGCCAGGGAGACUGGAGCACAGCCGCCCCCAGAGCCUGGGCGGAGUGUACCGCGAGUCCGCGCUGUGAGGGCAGGAGCGGGCGGGGGGGGGAGAACUGACACUGUCACCUCUGGACCCCCCCACCGCGGUCAAGGGCAGAGACCACCGCACUGCGACACAGAGCCCCCAGCGACCAGCCGGUCUCCCGCUCAGGAAGGAGCAGUCCUGCCAGGCCAGAGCAGGGGGCCUCGGCGGAUACUGGGAAGGGGGACAAGCUCUCAGACUGGAGCCUGACUGACAGACACUGGGGACGACUGGGACACACUGGGAGAGGGAGAGAGGGGGGGGCUGCUGGCUGUCAGACCUGCUAGCCCCCUCCAGGGUCUCCUGGCCUUCUGACCUCUUGAGCAGCACUUGGACAGCGGCAGCAGCAGUCCUGAUCUCCUGCUCCCCUUUAAUCACUCAGGACAGACACUCUUCUGGUUUUCUUCUGGGUGUGUAACCCAGGCCUCUCCACGGGCUCUGAGGUGAAAGGGCUGUGAGCUCGUUGGUGUAACACUCAGAGCGAGGCUCAGCGUGCAGCCUGUGCACAGUGAUGCUCAGGCUCUGCGGCACACGUAUGCACUCUAUCUACCACAGACACACGCGCGGAAUCACGCCGUCUCAUGCUUUCAUAGCCACACAGAAGCUCGCACGUUGCAAAAAUACACAUGCAGUCUCAUGCUCUUACCUCACACUCAUACACAAACACACCCUGUCUCACACUCAUACCUCACACUCGUACACAAACACACCCUGUCUCACAC